UGUGAAGAUGGCGGAGGGGGAGACAGAGAAGGAAUAUGACACACGGCGAGCUAACGACGAGCUCCGAGAACGCUUCCAGGCGCUGAGCACAACUCUGAAGGAAAGCUCACAACCUCCGCUGGAAGCCUCGCUGCGUUUCUGCCAAGACUUUUGCCAGGUUCUUGUGGAACAUGCUGGCCGUUGGAAAACUGACGAAGAUCCGCUGCCGCUGCUGGAGGUUUACACUGCAGCCAUUCUCAGCUUCGCCCAUGCCUCCUCCUGUCUCUCCUCCGAAUGUGAAAAUGUUCCACUCCUACUUGAAAAGUUAGCACUGAGCUGUGCAGAGCUGGUGCUCUUGCUGCCCCAACAGGUUCCGGGUGCCUUAUGGGAGGAAUUUCAAUCCUCCAUCAAGUCGGCACAAAGCCUUUUGCAGGAAAGUGGGAGCAUGAAACUUUGCUUGCUGUCAGUUUUGGCUCAGCAGAAUGGUGCCUGGUCAAACCCCACGCUAUGCGACAUCUUGUCCAACUCGGACCCUCAACCUGAAAAAGUUCACGAGUACCUGGAAAUGGAAGGUCCCACGCUUCUCAAAAUGCGAAUAAAGCACCUUAUUAAAAUGGACAGUCCAGACAAGGCAGCACUCCUUGCAAAGACAUGCUCAGAUUAUGCAGGGUAUGAAGGAAAGGGGACCUUCAAAGCAACCUUCUUGCUCUGCAUCUGCAUGUCAAAAAGUCAAGAGGAACUAAUGGAUGAGAUCUCUUCCAUAGACUGCAAAGAUGCACUUGAGAUGAUUUGUAAUCUGGAGUCGGACGGAGACGAAAAAGGAGCACUCUGUUUAUGUUCAGCCUUCCUCAAGCGGCAACUUCUCCAAGGGGAAGUUUAUUGUGCCUGGGAACUCACACUGUUCUGGAGUAAGCUACUCAUGCGUAUAGAGACGCCAGCAGAUUCAUUUCUUAAACACUGCAAAGAGAUGGCUCUCCUCUGCAGGAGUGUCUGUCACAUCCUGUUUCUUAUCAAAGUCAUUCAAAACGAGAUUGGUGAAGUGGGGCUUCCAGUGUGUGUGGAAAUGUGCAUCCAAGCCCUAAAAAUGACCUCAAGUGACCAUAAAGAUAGCAAGUCCACUAUCUGCAAGACAAUUUAUUGCCUCUUGCCAACUGAUCUGGAAGUUAAAAGAGCAUGCCAGUUGACCGAAUUCCUCCUCCAGCCAACAGUGGACUCCUAUUACGCCGUCGAGUCACUGUUCAACGAGCCCGACCAGAAGCCAGAGGAAAACGCCAGUCUGCCCGUACCCAACUCCUUACGCUGUGAGUUACUUCUGGCCUUGAAAACACAGUGGCCUUUUGAUCCUGAAUUCUGGGACUGGAAAACACUGAAAUGUAACUGCUUGGCGCUAAUGGGCGAGGAGGCGGCUAUCGUUUCAUCCAUUGACACACUAAAUGAUACAGAUGAGCAAGAAAUGGAAAAUCUACUUGGUAAGGUCCCGGAGUACAGAGACCUGGAGGAUUUCCUGCUAACCACUACAAACGAACUCAAUGAAAUCACAGAUGAAAAAGAAAAAAAUCGAGAGGUCAAAAAGCUCCGAGAGCAGGGUUUUGUGUCUGCUCGUUUCAGAAAUUGGCGAGCUUACAUGCAGUAUUGUGUUUUAUGCGACAAGGAGUUCUUAGGUCAUAGGAUUGUCCGUCAUGCUCAGAAGCAUUUUAAAGAUGGAGUGUACCUCUGUCCCAUUUGUGCUGACAGUUUUGAGAGCAGAGAGGUUUUAGAGCCCCAUGUAGCAUCACAUGUAAAGCAAUCAUGUAAAGAGAGGCUCGCUGCCAUGAAAGCUGCUGGGAAAGUGCCAAAACCACCGUUGUCUCCGAAAAGUCCAUCGAAAAACAUCAAUGUUGUCAGGGCAAAGGUUAGUCCCGUGAAAACUGAAUCUCAAAUGGGCCAGCCCGAAACCACAGUUCCUGUGAAGACAGAACCAGCUACUUCAGACACAACGCUAAGUCACGACUGCUUCUGCCCUGUUAAAAACUGCUCGAAAGCUUUCAAGUUUUUCCGCAAUCUCAUGGCUCACGUUCGAUCGCACAAGAACGACGAAGAAGCGAUGAGGUUUUUAGAAAUACAAAAGCAAAAGGUUAUUUGCCAGUAUUGCCGGCGGCAGUUUGUUAACGUCAGACACCUCAACGAUCAUUUGCAGAUGCACUGUGGCAGCAAACCUUAUAUCUGCAUACAGUUGGAUUGCAAGGCAAACUUUAAUUCUAAUUCUGAGCUUCUCAUGCACAGAAAAACUCAUUCAGAGUUCAAGGCACAGUGCAUGUUCCCCAACUGUGGUCAAGUUUUCAGUGAAGCCUAUCUUUUGUAUGAUCACGAGGCUCAGCAUUAUCUGACCUUCACCUGCCAGUUCAACAACUGUGGCAGGAUAUUUUUCACACACCCAGAUUUAUUGUCUCACCAAGCGACUCAUGGUGCCAAUGGUUCCAUGAACACAGUUUCCAUGCCAAAUCAAAACACGAGUGUUGCGCCGCAAGGAGAACCUGUACAGGUUGUGUGCACCGAAGAUACUCACUCAGCCUCUGUUGGCUUUGACCCAGUCUACACUAAUGCCUCUGUAGAGGCCUCGACUGCAUCACAAUAUAGAGCAGGAGAGGGUACUGCAGCACUUGAAGUGAGAGGAGAACAUUCAAUGACUAACAGUCUGAAAUCAAUGGGUGAUUUGAAUUGUAAGGAUCCAGAAAAUACUGCAGUUCAGCAGUCAAAUCCCUGUUUAGCAGAAGCUGAAGUUGCAUCUGAGGGUCAUCAGAUGGAAGCAACAACAGAGGCAGCACUAGUUCAAGUGGAACCAAAUGUUUCACAGGCAAAACAAACUCUACUCGUGCCUAAGCUCGAAGUUGUUCCAGAGGCCCAAGUUGGACCAGAGGGUAGACAUAUUGACUAUCGUGUUGCAGAUCAGUGUGUGAUUACUGUUGGUCCUCCUCCUAAUGCCGUAAAUCCAAUGGCAAAUGAAGUGGGAGAAAGGCAUAAUGGAUUUCCUAGGACAUAUUGCCAAGAGACAGUGCCACAAAUAAUGACUCCAGCUCAAAUCAAGACAGAAGUCCACCCUUCACUGCAAGGCUAUCCAGCGAGUGGACCCAUAGUACAGGAGAGUGACGAGAACCUUCAUUGUUGCCCAAACAAUGAGUGCACAAGGGCAUACAGCACCAACAAAAGCCUGUCCAGACAUGUUAAAAAGCAGCACCCUGAGAUAUUCGAAGAUUGGAAACUGGCGAAGAAAUAUAACAAAGUGGCCAAGAUGUCCAACAAAAAAAUGCCAGGGGGACCUGCUUUGCCCAGUCAGCCCGAGAGCCCAGCAAAUAUGUUGCCAAAACAUACCGGGCAAAUAUGCAACAAACCUGCGAUAGAGCAAAUGACUUACCCAUCCGGAUGCUCUGCAUCACCUGGCCCGAAUUACCCGGGCCCAAUGGAUCCUGUCCCUAUCACUCCAAUGGUAAACCCCACUCUGUACCCAUCAUGGGGCGGCCAACACAAUCCAGGCGCUCUAAUGCAGCCGGAAAUGUCCCAGUCAUGGUCUUCAGCUCCGAUGAGCAAUUGCUACCCCAGUGGUUACAACAUGAACGAAUACCCUCCCCGCAACUAUUCUCAGUGGCCUGCAGAUCCUUAUCACACAUCUGCAGCUCUUCCACAACCUGAACGAGAUCUUUCAAUGGCGCCUCUGCAUGGCCCCCAUGGCUCUCACACUCCCUCAGAUUCAAGUUUGAUGUCUCAAUAUCUGUCCAGUUCGCUGAUGCUAGACAAUGGAGCACAAAUGCAUAAUGGAGGACAUUCAUAUGGGCAUAUGCUGUCGCCACUCUCUCAGGAAGGCAGCAGAGACAGUGUAGAAGUGAGAAAGACUAGUGCCAGCGUCACUGAAGAGAUGAAUAGUGAUAGCUGCGUCUCAACAACCCCUGGCCUACCUGAAGGAAGUUACAAUACUCAAUAUGCUCAGAGUGAAAACACUCAGAGCUCAGCCGUUGAGCCGCCCAUGAAAUGUCCUGAAGCCCAAGAUGGGACCAAAUUGGCAACUGAGUUAAUUAAAACAGAAAGUGUUGCUUCUCCUGCUUAUGAACAGAUGGACAACGCUGUCGAAGGCACAAUGAGUCCCCACGGAAUCGUUCCUCCAGAUUAUCAUUUUGAGGGUGAGUGUACGAAUUCUGAGUGCAAGGCUUCACCCGCUGACGAAAAAUGCGAUGACUCAGACUUUCAAAAAGAGAAGACAAGCAAGUUGACCAAGCGAGCUAAAUGGCCAGCAAUCAUUAAAGAGGGCAAGGUUAUUUGUAGGAGAUGCUUCCGAGAAUUCACAAGCACAAAAUCUUUAGGAGGUCACCUGUCGAAACGCUCGCAGUGCAGGCCACUAGAUGAAAUUGACCUAACUGCUGAUUUGCCAACGUCUUUUCUGGAUUUCCUAAAUGACCCACAUGUGCCGGACACCAAUGGAGUGAUGUACAACGCUUCAAACGGUGAUUUCCCCCAGGACUCUAAUAGCCUGACGACUUUGUCCUCACCAAUGGCACUGAAACAGGAACCCCAACACUGCAGCAUCAUGCCAUUCCCCAACUUUGCCAAUACCCCUGUGAAUCAAAGACCAAGGAAUAUGACUCACCCUGGUCAUGACAGUUCAAUGGAAAUGUCACAUUCGUUUGACAGGAUGGGUCCAGUAGAGGCGACUGGACAGAAAAUUCCUAACAACUUGCCGUUGGAUCAAAGUUGUGACACCCCAAAAACCGUAAAAAGCAAGGCGAUGAGUAAAGGCAGUAAGCUUUCUGAAAAAGUACCUAAACCGUUUAAAUGUGACCAAGACAGCUGUGAGUACUCGUUCAUGACCAAGGAGGCGUUAUUCAAGCAUCUGCGUAAAAUGCACGAUUUCACUGAUGAGAUGAUUGAAGAGCUCAAAAGGACCCCAUCCAAGCUGGCGCCAUAUCCUUGCCAAAUCUGCCCCAAAACAUUCACAAGAACCACAGGGCUGCGGAUUCACUAUGAAAAGGUCCAUCGUCUGGAUAAGGCUGAAAUGCAGAGGCUUAGAAUAAGUGCCAGACAUCGACGGGCGUUUAGACUUAACAAGGAGGAGACAAAUAACAACCACGCCGCUGAUGCCAAGCCUGCUAGUGGGACGCUAUCUUCACCGACACUACAUACCAUCAAGCAAGAACCACCUGAUACGACCUAUGUGCAACAGGUAGAUAACGAAAAUAAUCCAACCCAUAUGACUACAGAGACAGUUAAUGAUGUGGCACUUCAUGCAGUACCGAUCGUGGCAACUGCACACACACAUCAAGCUCAAGCAACAGACAUUCCCUGUGGAGUACCUGUUCCUCCUGACGUGGCUUCCCAAAUACACAGAAGUCCUGAAGUGAAAGAGAGGGCCAUUGUCAAAGAAAAGCGCAGUCCGGGGACACCAAAAAAGCUAAAGGGAGGCUUGGACACACCGAUGAGCAAACCGAAGGAGCAAGGGCCACACACUCCAAAUGCGUCUGCCUCCAUCUCCCCAGAGGGACCUAGCAGCUCCAAAAGCUCACCAUCAAAAGAUGAGUUCCAAAAGAAGGAAAAGGUUCAGAAAAGACUCAAAAUGUGUGACAUGGAUAACCCUUACAGUCCGUACAGGCCGUAUCGCUGUGUUCAUGAAGGGUGCACUGCUGCCUUCACGAUCCAACAGAAUCUGAUUCUCCAUUACAGGGCCAUGCACCAGGCCUCCCUGCCCUUGUGCAAAACGGAUUCUGACCCUGAGCAUAAGGAGGGUACCCACGAACAAGAGGGCGUUCAGUGCAUUGAAAAAGAUGACGAAGUCAGGUGUCAAGUUAAAAACUGCUCGAGAGUGUUCAUGGGAAUCACUCGACUCGUGCAACACUAUCUGCUGCUGCACAAGUUUACUCGCGACAAAGCCACCACCAUGAUGUCCAGCAUGAUGAUAGGGACGUUCAACUGUGACAGACCAGAGUGCACACUUUCAUUCACCUCUGUGGAUAGCUACAUUGAGCACAUCAAAAAUUACCACAUGGAAAUCGCCAUCUCGGAGAGUGGCUCGGUGGAUCAGACAUUCAGGUGCCAGUAUGAAGGGUGCGAGCGCAUUUAUUCCACCAAGUCAAACCUCCUACGCCACUUAAUUAAAAAGCAUAACUACGUUUAUGAUCCUAAAGCGAGUGACGGAAGGAGAAAUAAGUCCGCCGGACUUUUCCCAGCCGUGACUAACGGAAAAGAAAACGUUGAAAGCAAACUGAAAUUGAAAAAGAAGACCAUCAAAAAGAAAGAUUGCAAAUCCAUCGAACAUUGGACAAAUUUUGGAAAGCCGGCGCUGAAAUCCCAUGAAGACGCAUCAGUCAUUUGCACAAAAAAGACUGUUCUUCAAUACCCGUGCAUGAUCGUAGGCUGCGACACGGUCGAGCCGACCGAGAGAAAUAUUUUUAAGCAUUACACCACUCAUGGCCUCACUGAACGAUGCAUCGAAGACCAGAGGAGCCAGUUUAUAUUUUGCAAAAAGUACUCGCGUGCUAGAUGCAAAGAUGUGAGCAAAUCGGAGGGUGUGUCCCCAGAGAAGGUCGACUCUGAGCAAAUGAUGAACUCUGAGGAGCAGCAGGACGCUGAGGAGACGUUAAACAAGAGCGGACAAGAGACCAAUGAGUCCAAUGAGUCACAGACUGAAGGCAGUGUAUUAUCCCAAACUUCCACACUCGAUGGGGGACCGAGGAGAGGUCGUCCGAAAAAGCCUGUGCAGCCGACACCAGCCUGUCCGAGACGGCUGAAGACUCUGAGGAACCGUUUGACUGUUAACUCAGGAGAAGAUUCCAAUCCUGAUAUUCCUAGUCCUCCAGAGCAGCAACAGACCGAGGUCGCACCAGCAUCUUCGGACCCUCCGGAACUUGAGGAUUCUCCCCUUGAAAGCUUUGAAACCUCAGAACCGACUCAGUCAACCAAACGCAAAUUGGAUGAUAAAUCUAGCGUAGAUUCGCCUUCCAAAAAGCCACAGAUGCAGAAGUGCGCAGCCAAAGCGGGAGGUAGGAUAAAAAAAAAAGACGAACUUGAAGAUUUCCAGAAUCACGUGGACUUCAGAAAUCCACUUAAUCUCACGUCCGGGAGUAACGUCAAGAUUGUUAUGGAUAAGAAAUUGUCAGAAGGUGCUGAUCAGUUGCUGAAGCAGCUGCAAGAUAUGAAACCCAAAGUCGUAAUAAAACGGUGUCUUCUUAGUGGAUCGUAACCCAGUUCCCGGUUUUUAUCAGACUCAAUCUCACUCAGGAUUUGAGAAAGUAUGCUGCAGAACGGUUUGUUAUUGCAUCGGAUUCCCAACGGUUAACAGAUACUGGGCUCGGUUAACAAUGAAAUGGCCUACUUUGUGCUUACUGAAAACUGUCUUGGAUGAUUUUAAGUAUGUAUGUUAGUUAUAAUAACCAGGUAAACUAUAGGGCAUAGAUUUUAGAAUAAUGUUUGUAUUUAUGCUUAGUACUGAAGAUGUUUUUUUUUCCUUUUACUAUAUGUAAACUUUUAAAGAGAACUGUUUUAUAUAUCCCUAUGGGAUUUAAACUUCUGUUUGUAUUUAUUUCAUCCUUUUUAAACACUAGUAGAGCUAUCUGUAAUAUUUACAUGUCUUCCACAAAGUGUUCAAUAAACUGUUACUGUUUCUUUUUGUAAAGUGUUGUUUGAAGACAUUUAUGUUAUAUUUUUCUAUAUCUUUAUAAUUACAGUCUCUAGUCUUGUACACUCCGGGAGAAAAGAAAAUGCUGUAAAGUUUGACAAGUUGUAUGAAUUGUUUUCUUAAAACUAACUAAACAGUAAACCCUUUUCAUCCUUUAACUGAUGGCUAUGAUUAUUAUCACUGAUGAUGACUGUCGAUUAUGUUUUUUUUAUUUCACACCACUUUUUGGAAAUGUUAUGCUGCUCGUCUGAUCACAUUCUGUGUGCAUACUCCAUGUGAAACGUAUAAUAGAAGUAGGACAAUAGGAAAUUAUAUUUUUGGAAAUCGGCUUGACAAUUCUUAGUUUUCUUUACACGAGACAUCUCAGUGAUUUAAC